GGCGCUCGCUGCUCACUCCCCUGCUCCAGGGUUGUCUGGAAACGUGGCUGGAGGGGAGGGACCUCUGCGGGCACAGCGGGUGCUGUGAGUGCACCGGUCCCUUCCGGCAGGCAGCUGCUCAGCAGAGCUCGGCUCCCCAGCCUGGGAGACACCACUACACCCAGGGCUUUCGCUGCACCGCCGGAGAGCGAGGGGCUGCGCUCGCUGCUGCCCGCUGCCUGGCUGCUGAGCUGUACCAGCCGAGAAGCCCCAGGUGAGGGAUGCCCUAGAAUCGUGUUGGGGACGUGCCGUCCUUGGGCUGUGCCCCACAGGGGACAGCCAUGGCUGGGUCUGUCCUGGGAACCAUCCUCGCUGUGCUGGCCUCGCUCAUCAUCACUGCCAACACGCUGGUGGCCAUCGCUCUCCUUCGCCUCAUCCAGAAGAAUGGCUCCAAGGGGCUCUAUUUCGUCCUUAACCUCGCUGUUGCGGAUGCCAUGGUUGGCUUCACAGUCGUGGGUCUGGUCGUAGAUGAGUUUUCCCAGCCCUUUUAUCCUCCCCAGAUAUUUUGUGUCCUGCGAAUGGCUUUCGUCACCUCCUCUUCUGCUGCCUCUAUCCUAUCCCUCAUUCUCGUUGCGUGCGACAGGCACCUGGCCAUCAGGAAGCCUUUCCACUAUUUCCAGCUGGUGACAGGCCUGCGGGUUGGGGUGCGCUUGGUGGGGCUCUGGCUUGUUGCUGCCAUCAUCGGCUUCCUCCCAGUCCUCAUCCCGGGCUUUCAGAAGAUCACCACCCAUGAGAAGUGCUCCUUCUUUGCCGUCUUCCACCCCACCUACAUGCUCACGGUCUUCUGCGUCGGCUUCUUCCCAGCGCUCUUUCUCUUCAUUUAUCUCUACUGUGACAUGCUGAAAAUCGCCUCUGUGCACGUGCAGCACAUCCGAGAAGUGGAGCACGCAGGGCUGGCGGGGGGCUGCCCCCCAUCCCACACCACCAGCGACAUGAAGGCCAUGCGCACCGUUGCCAUGCUCAUCGGGUGCUUCACGCUGUCCUGGUUGCCGUUCUUUAUCGCCAGCAUCGUGCAAACUGUCUGUCCUGAGUGCUUCCCCUACAGAGUCAUUGAGAACUACCUCUGGCUGCUGGGACUGUGUAACUCCCUCCUGAACCCCCUGCUCUACUCCUGCUGGCAGAAGGACGUGCGGCUGCAGCUCUCCCAGCUGGCUGCAGGCGUGAAGAGGAGAGUCUUCCUUCACCUGGGGAACGGCCGCCGUUUCCCUGGCAGAGGCACCAAGUCUCUCCCCACCGUGUCCUGCCUGCGGCUCCAGGACUGACACGGUAAGGAGCAGCUGGCACCGGCUUUCCAGCUCAUCUCCUGCAUCAGCGUGACCGUGAACUUGGGGCCUGCCAGCUGUGGAGAUCAUAGACGGGGUGGGACUAAUCUGGAUGCUAAUUCCCAGACAUCAGCGUGGCCACAUUCCAGCUUCCCCACAGAGCCACAGCACGGCCUGUUUCGCACCAGCCCCAGGCACCCCAAAUUGCGGGUGCAUGACACGCAUUAGAUUUUGCCUGGAGAGCCUCAGCAAGAGCAGCCUUGUGUCUCCUGGGAUGAAGCCCUCAGCACUCGCUCAGGCUAAGAUCCUUCACCCAUUGCUGCCCGGCUUCCCUUGCCCAGAACUGGGAUGCUCCUGCCCUCCCCUCUGCCUGCAGUGCCAGCGCUGCCGACGAGCCCCAGGCGCCCAGGGCAGGGAUGCUCGCACAGCGUUGGCUCUGUCGCCUUUGGCUCUUGGCACAGGCAGCAGCGGCUGGGACCUGGGUGACCUUCCUGGGAGUCGCUGCCCCUCCUAAACCGAACUCGCUGUCCUAUACCUGCAGCCUGAGCCGCUCCCCGAACCCAUCCCUGCAGCCAGAGAUGCGGCAGGGUCGCCCCCGCUCCGGGCUGCGCCCACCCGAGGCAGGGGCGAGGGCUCUGGGUGCUCUGCCGUGGCACCGGGGAUGCAGAGGGGCUCCCGCUGUUCCCUGGCGGCAGCUGUAUCUGCACCGGAGCUGCAGGGCGAGCGCGGAGCAGCCCCAGGUGCUGCGCUCCUGGGAGAGGUGCAGGGCAGCACAGGCUCUGCUGUUGCUGUUUGGCUUGGGCUGUAAAGUGAGUUAAUGAGUAACUGGCUGAACGCUGAGCCGUGGCAAAGGAGCAGGAGGAACGGCUGCCUUGGAGCCAGGCAAAACCCCAUGCAGGGGGGCUGCUUUGUCCCACCAGGGCUGGAUUUGGGACCACGAGGGUCCCUAUAUGCUGACUUUCCCCAUGGGAGCACACAGCACUUCUGCACGCCCUGCGACACUGCAGUGGUAGCCAGACUGCCGGCCCUGCUAGAGGCUACGAUAUUUAAUUGCUUCCCAUAAAAUCUUGUACAUUUAAUUAAUGUGGCAAGAAAAUUUCCCUUAGAAAGGUUUCUUAGCUAAGAACGUAUCCUAAUCUGAAAAUGAAAAUGAGCGUGCUACACAUAAAAUAGCAGUGUUGCCACCUCUGUUGUCAGCACCACUGGUAGACCUGAAGGCUCAAGGCCCAUACGCAUCCAGAACCUGCCUUGGUCCUGCGUCCUUCCCCAUCCUAGAGGCAGAGGCAAAAAUAAAAGCGCCUUUUAAAAACAAACCCAAACAGGUCCUCCGUAGCUUUCACCUCUGCCUGGGGAAGGCCCGAGACCAAACAUGGCAGGGCAGGUGCCGUUCCUAGCCGUACCGCACGGACCGAGCCCGAGAGAAGGCCUCCAGAGAGCAGCCCUGGCUCUGUGGGCGGACUGAUGCCUCGGGGGUGGAUCCAGUCGGACUCAGUUCUGGGGAUCAACGCAUCAUCUGUCUGUAGGAUGCGUUCGCUGCCUAUCCUCGGUGAAGCCUGAGCUCCGCCGGCUGCUGCUUGGCAAAGCUGACCUCGCUGAGCCUCUGAUGACGCCAAAGCCAUCCUCUGCCUCCCUCCGACAUGCUUCCCACGGGGAACAUCGCGGGUGGGUACCCAGUGCGAACAGAGAUGCUUCGCACCUGGGCCUCUUGCCGCUGCCCGCGGGGCCGGCCGGCGGCGCAGGACACGGUGCAGCUGGGAACAGGCUGGAGCAGCUGGGGCUCCAUUCCUGCAGGACACCCCCAGAUCCCGGCGGGGCGGCGCGGACCAGCAGCCGUUCCCCGUGAGACCCUGCCUGCUUUCGUCUCCCGUCCCCGCGCCCCCGCCACGCGGUGACUGCGGGUGCCGAGGGCGCCCAUCGCCCAGGCGCCGCAGGAGCGCGGCUGGACACGCGUGGGCGCAUCCGAGGCCUCGGGGCGAGGAGGGAUGGAUUAUUACUGCUCCGAGGGGAGAGGAGGGAAGGAUGAGGAGCGCUUUCCCUGCUUGCCGCCCUUCAGCCCAAUAAAGUGCAUUU